AUGGAUGUGCAAAAUUAUGGAAUGAACAAUUUCAGGGUCAGAUGGGGAAACCUAGAUGUGCGGGUAAAUCUUGUGUUACGUGAAUGCACCUGCAAAGGUUGGCAAAUGUUAGGACUACCUUGCCCACAUGCAUGCGUUGCAAUCAAGAAGGUAUAUGGUAAUAUAUAUGCAUAUGUCGAUGAUUGCUUUUUACUCUCAGCCCAAAAGAAAAUUUAUGGCAGACUUAUGAUUCCAGUUGAGACCCAUGACAUCCCUAGGCCAGAUUCCCUUCGAUAUGAAGAUUACUCAUCCACCAUCUUCCUACAACCACCAUUGACAACUCGGCGUGCUGGAAGACCCAGAGUUAGGAGGAUUGAAUCACAAUUCCAGCAGAAGAAAGCGUAUCAUUGCUCAGGAUGUGGUAAAGCUGGUCACACUAGAAAGAUUUGCAGUAACCCAAACCCUGGGUGA